CGCGUUGUCGCAACAGAGAGGAAUGAGCUGGGACCUGAGCCACCUCGGCGCCAAGUACCCAUGGCUGCAAGUGAAUGCGUCGACGUUGGAAGAGUUCCGAGCACCUUUCGACUGGUCCAAGAAAGCGACACCAGGAUGUCGCGAAGAAGACGAUAAAUCCACCAAGAAGUCCAGUCCUCCUUCUCGUCAUCGGCGCCACAAACCCCAUCACAAAGCCAUGCCGUCUCACACAACCGCCCGCCAAGUGCUUCUUAUGAACACCCGAGAUCACUUAACCGAUGCUGUUGUGCUUCAGCGGUACGAGCAGUCGUCUGUCCAACUAAGACAAACCAAGAGCAUGGUCAAUGUUCUUGAACCACGAGAACCAACGUCGCCAUCAUCGACAAAGCAUGAAGUAGAAGCACCUCCCCCCCCAUUAGCGACACUUAGAGUAGGUACUCAAGUGACGACCGUUCCGUGCACAUUGCAACGAACGAAAGGCCCAACAGCAUCACUGUUCAUUGCGUCCACUACAUGUCACAAAGCAGCGCCCACGCCUUCGCAUGUACACCCCCGAACGUUCGCAUCGCCACCGUCGCACCACUCAGCAGCCCAAACUUCAACGAAGAAGCGAUCGAUGCACAAGGACCAUCCCGCAGCCACCCAUCCCGGUGGACUCUUGCAGCCGUACGCAGCUCCCUCGGCGCAGUCCUUUCAACCAUCUCAAUAUCAUCAUCGCUCGGACAACACGAAUUCGGCUGCUAUGCUUGCCAAGCAAUCGCAAGACCUCCACGAUGCUCUUGCAAAAGUCAAGAGCGAUGAGCUCGCCCUCCUCAAAUCGGUUGACGAGACCAUCGAAGCACAGCGCGCUACCAUCCCACUGCAAUUUCUUUUUGAACGAAACAUGUCAGCAUAUUGCAUCGAGAAAGGCGUGGAAACGAUUCUGCAUGUGUUUUCGACCCUCCAAGCCAAGUACCUCUGUCAAGGCUUUACAAGAUGGCACCAAGUCACAACGGCACUUCGAAAGGCAGAAAUUCGGCGGGCCACGGAACAACGAGUUCGAGCCAAUGCAAUUGCACUCUUCAAUCGCGUUGCGGGGGAUUGCUUGAUGGGCAAUACAAAACGCGCAUUGCACCGAUGGCAUCGAGCGGUCCAGCGAAUGGUGGCGGACGAGCGGAAUGCGGCGGCCACGACAAUUCAAAAGCACGUCAAGCGCCGCCGCGAUGCCCGGUUUGUGCAGCAAUUGCGGGAGGAACGCGCUGCAAGCGAUGCACGCAACGCUGCUCGCAUUCUGCAGCUGCUUGCGUUGGAAGCGUCUGGAAGGAAACAAUUGUGGAUCAUUCGGGAGCAUGCAGGAAGGAUCCGCGAACGCAGAGCCUAUGAAGCGAAGAUGCGCGAAGAAGCAGCCCUUUCGAUCCAGAGAACUUACCGUGGUUUUCGUGGACGCGUCCACGUGCAAAACUUGCGGCGCCUUGUGGCAGACGCAUUUGCCGUGGCGGAAGCCAUCAAGCAAGCGGCAUUGCAAUCGCUUCGUAAGAAUUCGACGUUUAUCCAAAGCAUCGUUCGGAUGUUCCUCGUUCGGCUUCGCCUGCACAACCAGCGCAUGCUCGAUGCAAUUCGCUCCGACAACGCCCUAACGAUCCAGCGAGCGUGGCGAACAAAAAAAGGCAAGAAGGUCAUGGCAUCCCGAUUCGCCAAACGAAAGAUGUCGAUGGAGGAAAUUGCCGAGCGUGAAGCAUUCAUGGCGCGGCAGAGAUUUUACGCUGAGAUGGAGAAGAAACGCCAGGCAAGCGCAAUUGUUAUGCAACGCCGCAUCCGUGGAUACCUCGCAAGAAAGCAUGUUCGCCUCAUGCGCAAUGCGCGGCGACUCGAUCAUGCCGCAAGGCGAAUGCAAGCAGCUUGGCGAAAGUCCAAGGGAAGAGUCACGCGCCUCAAAGCCGACCUAGUGAAAGAAGCAUUGCGGGAAGUCUAUCGUCGUGAACGCGUUGCCCUUGAAGACAAGAAGAAGUGGGUGGAGCAGUUGGACAUGGAACAGUAUAAGGCCGAUACAGUGCUUCGAAAGGAGCGCGAGCGAAAGUUGCAGAUUGCCCAGCAAGAAGAAGAAAUUGCAAGGUUGGAUGCGCAAACCAAUGCGUAUAAACUACAGGCGUUGGAGGCGCAAAAGACACUCAAGGCAGCUCAACUUGCUGCUUGGAAACCCAUGAAUGACGGAUUCGGCAAUAUAUUUUACAGCAACGAGCUGACUGGGGAAACAACAUGGGACGUGCCCGAUGUUUUGCUACCGAAAGUACAACUCGUCGAGCGAGAAGAAGACUGGGAAGAAUUGUAUAACCCUCACACGGGCCAGAUAUACAAGCACAAUCGUGUCACUGGGGCUGUUAAGAUGAACGAAGGCCUGAUCCACUGUGGGAUUUGUUUCCAGUGCGACAACCGUGCGAGCUAUCACUGCUCGACGUGCGAGUCUGGAUUCCAGUUCACGUGCGAAAAAUGUUUUGCUUCGACACAUGCGACCUCAGAGUACACUGCACACAACACAACUCACUUCCGCCCAGGAUCAGCAUUGUGCAGCCAAUGCAACAAAAUGGUUGCACUCCGUGGGUGUCCCGAAUGCCAAGACAAGUUUUGCGUCGAAUGUUUUGGGCUUACCCAUGCCAAGGGAAAGAAGAAGACUCAUGUUCCAAACGUGCUAAACGUGGUCAAGAUGCCGCUGGGUGACGAUACCGACGCAUAUUGCACCGAAUGUGACGUCGAGUUGUGCACGAAGUUGUGCAACUUGUGUGGCGACGGGUUUUGCGACUCCUGUUUUGCAACGCUGCAUGCCAAAGGUCGAAAAGCAGAACAUACGUAUGUUGCUUGGAAAGAAAUCACUCAAGCAGGGGACUGGAUUGAGAUCUAUGAAGGCAAAAUCCCCAUGUACUACAAUAUUGUGACCAAGGAGGGUUCUGCGGAGAAGCCAAGUGUGUUGUUGUUGGGUGUUGAGCGGCAUCGUGACAUGAUUGCUGAAAAAGUACGAGAACGAAAGAAGGCAGAGGGCGAGAAGGAGAGCGAAUUGGUCUCACUACGCGAGCAAGUCAAGGCUUUGGAAGAGGCAGCAGAGUUAGCCCGGCGGCAAAAGCAGGAACUUGAAUUGCUCAAUGAAAACCCACAGGUUCUGGCGAAACCAUUGAAGAAAAAGUGGUGGAAGUCCAAGGCACAACUGGCCAGAGAAAAUGCCGAGAGGGAGAACCAAGUCGUACUGUCUCUCAUGCUCACGAAGCAGCGACAAGAACAGCUCCAUCGACAAGCCAUGGAAAUUGGGUCCAAGGAAUAUGCCAACUCUAUUGUUGCAGACAUUGUCCAGGCAGAGUAA